AUGGAGCGCCACCGGCCGCAGGCUCGUAGGGAGGCGGGGGCGCCGCCCGAGUCUUGGCUCCACCGGCUCCACGGCGAUGACCCCAACGGCAUGCAGCCGAUGCGCGUGCCGCGGACCGAGAAGGCCCAGUCCCACGCCGCGGCGAUGUCGGCGGUGGUGUCCAGCAGCCAGCGGGGGGUCCGCUGCACGGUGGACGGCGGAAGCCUGUUCGUAGAGGGCUGCGCGGCCCCGCUGUGCAGCCUCUUCCUGGCGCGGGCCUCGCACGCCCCGCUGGCGGCGGACAGCGUGGCGGUGGUCAUCGUGCCGGCAGACGGCGCCGGGCUGCAGGGCCUCGCGCUCGGCCAGGACGCGGCGGGGGCGCCGUGCUGGCUGGUGGUGGUGGCGGGCGCGUGCCUGCAGGCGCUGCUCGACGCGCUGAGCAGGGCGGGGUGCCUCCGGGACGACCUCGAGGUGGCCUUCGAGCACGCGCCCGGCGACAUCUUCGGGCAGGGCGCCUACGCCACGGUGGUUCGCAUGGUCGCUACCGACGGGCAGCUGGUGGCCGUCAAGAAUCUGAACCCCAGUGUCGAAUUUGAGUGCAUCGAGCGCGAGAUCGACACGCUGAUCGCGACGCAGCGCCACCCAAACGUCGUCGGCUACCGCGGGACCUUCUGGUCCCCCGACCCCGAGGGUCCGCAAAUAUCGAUGGUGUUCGACGCGGCCUGCGGCGGAGACUUGCUCGCCAAGGUGCUGCACAGCGACCCGCUCACCGAGGCCUACGCGAAAGCCCUCUUCCACGGCAUGAUGAAGGGCAUCGCUCACAUACAUUCGCACGAAAUCGUGCACCGCGACAUAAAGGCACAGAACAUCCUGCUCAUGAGCGACGACACGGUGGUCGUUGCGGACUUUGGGCUUGCGACCGUCCUGACGGACAAGGUGCAGAUGGCGCGCCGCUGCGGCUCGCCCGGCUACGUGGCGCCGGAGGUCUGCCUUGGCAAAGAGCCGUACGGACUGAAGGUGGACGUCUUUGGCGCCGGCGUCAAUCUGUACCUGAUGCUCAGCAAGGACCCAGUGCAGCUCGGGUUCCAACGCGACCUUGUCUCUCCAGCGCGCUUGUCGUAG